AUGCCUCCGCGAACUUCUUACAGGCCCUCUCGACAGGACGAGGCCUUCGUCAGGGACAUGACGGAAAGAUAUACAUACUACCUGUUCACCGCUGCGGCAUGUGGUCGCAAAGUUCGGGCGAUGGGAUACGGCGAGGCCCGCAUGCAACCCACCUACGACCAGGUCCUCCAUGACUGGUACAACGAUUCGACGAUUAUUCUGCGAACCAACAGCACGGAUCCUAGUCGGCAAGCCGCGUUUUUUCGUCAGUGUAAUGAGAUUUGCGCCAGACCGCUCAACAAUCUAUACACCUAUUUCUGGGUCGGCUUUGCCGCCACUGCUGGAGCGCAAGGCUUGCACUGCCUGUUCAAAGACCAUCCAGCCAAGUACAAGAUUUUGAAGGAUGCUCGCGAAGAAUCACUUCGACGGACCUAUGGGGAAGAGGGAGUGCAGGAAUUGAUGAAUUCAGCAUCUCUGCUGAAUCCGCACCCGGUGGACCCAACUAUGAACGCAUUGGAGCACGUCGGAGAUGUGGUGCGGUACAAGGAUGAGAAUAACAACAUCGUCGAGUGUACAAUUGAGGAUGCGGGGCACAGUAUUGUGAAGGGGAACUUUUUCAAGUUGUCGUACGGCGGCGGGCAGAAGGAGGUCUCAUACGAAGAGAUGGCACUUAUCUGGAGGAAUAGAGUUAGUCUCGUAACCAGCCGUUCUGAGAUUCGACCCUUUUUAGGAUUUGUGUGGAGGGUCGUGUCAGAACGUCUGGUGACUUUCGUAUAG